CAGACAGCAAUGCGUCCUUUUUAUUUGGCCAGAUCGACGCACAGGACAUAAAUACAGCUGAUUUUGAGAAAGGUGCCAGACAGACCACCGGACGAAGCUUGAGUCGAGAAUAUAAGCUCUCCGGCCACAUCCGCAGCUCACCAUGAGGGAAAUCGUUCACAUCCAGGCUGGACAGUGUGGAAAUCAGAUCGGGGCAAAGUUCUGGGAGGUGAUUAGUGAUGAGCAUGGCAUCGACCCCACCGGUAGUUACCAAGGUGACAGUGACCUGCAGCUGGAGAGGAUAAAUGUCUACUACAAUGAGGCCUCAGGCAGCAAAUUUGUGCCACGUGCCAUCUUGGUGGACUUGGAGCCUGGAACUAUGGAUUCUGUUCGCUCUGGCCCAUUUGGACAGCUCUUCAGACCUGACAACUUUGUUUUUGGUCAAAGUGGAGCUGGAAAUAACUGGGCCAAAGGUCACUAUACAGAGGGAGCUGAGCUUGUGGACUCGGUGCUGGAUGUGGUGAGAAAGGAGUCUGAAAACUGUGACUGCCUCCAGGGCUUCCAGCUUACCCACUCACUGGGCGGAGGCACAGGGUCUGGGAUGGGCACACUGCUCAUUAGCAAGAUCCGUGAGGAGUACCCUGACAGGAUCAUGAACACCUUCAGUGUCAUGCCUUCCCCAAAAGUAUCUGACACUGUGGUAGAGCCUUACAACGCCACCCUUUCUGUUCACCAGCUUGUGGAAAACACAGAUGAGACCUUCUGCAUCGACAAUGAGGCCCUGUAUGAUAUUUGCUUCCGCACCUUGAAGCUUACAACACCAACCUAUGGAGACCUUAACCACCUGGUGUCAGCCACCAUGAGCGGAGUGACCACCUGCCUUCGCUUCCCUGGCCAACUCAAUGCUGAUCUUCGCAAGCUGGCCGUCAACAUGGUUCCCUUCCCUCGUUUGCAUUUCUUCAUGCCAGGCUUCGCACCUCUUACCAGUCGAGGUAGCCAGCAGUACCGUGCCCUCUCUGUGCCAGAGCUCACUCAACAAAUGUUUGAUGCCAAGAACAUGAUGGCAGCUUGUGACCCCCGCCACGGGCGCUAUCUCACAGUGGCGGCCAUCUUUCGUGGGCGCAUGUCCAUGAAGGAAGUUGAUGAGCAGAUGCUGAGUGUCCAGAAUAAGAACAGCAGCUACUUUGUGGAAUGGAUUCCCAACAAUGUGAAGACUGCUGUUUGCGACAUUCCCCCUCGUGGCCUCAAGAUGUCCGCCACCUUCAUUGGGAAUAGCACAGCAAUCCAGGAGCUCUUCAGGAGAAUCUCGGAACAGUUCACUGCCAUGUUCCGUCGUAAGGCCUUCCUUCACUGGUACACCGGAGAGGGAAUGGAUGAGAUGGAAUUCACUGAGGCGGAGAGCAAUAUGAAUGACCUUGUGUCAGAGUACCAGCAGUACCAGGAUGCCACUGCCGAUGAAAUUGGCGAAUAUGAGGAAGACGAAAUUGAAGAUGAGGAAGAUGUACGGCAUGAUGUUCGCCACUGAUUAAGCACCAACAUUGAACUAGCUUUAGAAUAUAUGUAGUAUGCUUGUUAUAAAGAUAUGUAAUUUAACAAUGCAAAGUAAAAUGAAGUUUGUUGUUUAUAGUCAAGACAUUGCUGCUGAAAAACAUUGCUGCUGCCAAAGCUGAUUAGUAGUGUUAAGACUUGAAAAAACUUAAGGGAUGAUAUGCGUUUUUUCCAUAGCACUGCUUUGCUUUGCAAAUGUCAGAAGAAAUAAAGACAUGCGCUAAACACAGUUUUGUAAAAAAUUGUCUUGCAUCUAUGGUCUACAGUGCCAAAUAAAAAAUCCAAACUAAAUUAU